CUGGGCGUGUGUAUGCCACGUAAGGAUUUACGUUGGUGUGUUGUAUUUGUGUUUAAUUUGAGCAAUUUUCCAUUCUAAUUCAUUAAUAGUUAAUUGUUUACAAUGUUUAAUAUUGAAAGAAUUGAAAUUUAAAUCAAUAUAAGUACAUUUUAAUAUAAUAAUUUAAAAAUAUGGGUGGUUCUCAAAGUAAUCCUGUUCCUGGAGGUGGUACAGAAGGUUAUCAUGUCUUACGAGUCCAGGAAAACUCUCCAGGAUAUCGUGCUGGUCUUGAAGCAUUCUUUGACUUUAUAGUAGCUAUUGGAAAUACACGACUUAAUCAAGAUAAUGAUACAUUAAAGGAGAUUUUAAAAAAUAAUGUAGAAAGAAUCAUAACAAUGACAGUUUAUAACAGCAAAACACAAAAAAUAAGAGAUGUAGAAAUUGUUCCUUCAAACACAUGGGGUGGCCAGGGAUUAUUGGGUGUCAGUAUUCGUUUCUGUUCAUUUGAAGGUGCAAAUGAAAAUGUUUGGCAUGUUUUGGAUGUUCAGCCUCAUUCUCCUGCUGAUUUAGCUGGUCUAAAACCAUUUUCUGAUUAUAUCAUUGGAGCUGAUUCAGUUUUACAUGAGUCAGAAGAUUUAUUUACACUAAUUGAUGCCCAUGAAGGAAAAUUGUUAACUCUGUAUGUAUACAAUGUAGAAAUGGAUGCUUGUCGAGAAGUAGUAAUUACACCAAACAAACAAUGGGGUGGUGAAGGAAGUUUAGGUUGUGGAAUUGGUUAUGGUUAUUUACAUCGGAUUCCAACAAAACCUGUGGAUAAACCUAAAGCAUUAACAAGUCCUACUGCUACUACUUCUGCUACCAUGAAGCAAACAAUUAAUGUGCAGCCAGGAAGUACACCUUCUAAAGAUGGUUUCUCAGCAGUUCCAUUAACAACUGCAGAUGUAAUCCAAGGGGUUAAUGCAUUACAUCUAAAUGAAGAAGCAAAAUUAGAUACACCAUUGAAUCCAGUUCCAAUAACAACUGUACCACCAAUAUAUCCAGUAGAAAAGAUUGAAGCAAAUUCUGAUAUAGGAGAUCAAACAAAUAUCAGUUCAUCAGCAGUUCCACUUACAACUGCUUUGAGUUUGCCAGGGAUGCCUGUUAUUACUGUUAGUGCAACUUUAAAUACAGAUACUUUGGCUAAUUUGACAUCACCUUCAGCACCACCUUUACCAGGACUUCACCCUGGUAUAGACCAAGGGACAUCAAGAAUAACUUUACCAGAAGAAGAGACUGCUAAAGUGUGAUGUAAAAAUGAAUGAAAUGGAAGGAAACUCUCUGCCGAAAAGGUCAAUGCCCCAACGUUUGUGAACCAGCAAAAAAUUUGGGUAAUCUGGUGUUAAUGAAAUAUCCAUGCAGCAAAAUAUUUUAGUUGGAAUAGACAAUUGACAUUUCAUUUUUAUGGCAUUUGACAUUCAUAAACGGGAGGAAAUAUAUAUAUAUAUAUCAAAUGAAACACUGUAUCGUUUCGAUUUUUCUUCUAAUUCAAAAUUUGUAUUAUUCUAACUUAUGUCACCGCUGGACAACUUCACAGAAAUUCUUCCGUUUCUACCCAACGUCCAUACAAAGGAUUUGUUACGUGCCUGUGAUUCUACAAAAGAUUAAAAAAACAAUAAAAGAAGUUUUGUUCGUA